AUGCUGGAGAGGCCCGAGAUGUCCACUCCAGUUCAGAUUUGGGGAAAAUCGUGCUACUGGAAGUUGCAGGGCAUAGAUGAAGAGAAGACGGGCUCGGGCAAGGGCUUCUCGAGCGUGAGCCCAAAGUCGAAAAGAGUCGGGCCGACUCUUGAUCAUGACGGUAUGAAGAACUUGCUAUUGCAUAGUAUCACUAAAAAGAAUGCACUUCCAUUUAUUCUCUUUAUGCAAGUUGCCGAGUCUAUUAUGAUCGGCGCAAACUCAUUACUUGUGGGCUCGAAAAGACUACUAGUUGAAUUCUCUCAACCCGCGGUCGCCCGAUUGGGAAAUUUGAGGGAGACUAUAGGAUUUGCCAUUUGGGCUUGGUUAGCAACAGCCCAGGAUGAUUUGGCAGUUGCCCAUAAGCAUUGUGCUGAUACUUGGUUCAAGAUUAGAGGGAACAAACCCAAUGUUGUUGAUCAUCCAUACCUCAUAAUCAACUCCAAAUCAACUACAAUGAUUAGAAUACUCUGA